AUGACCACUGACACCAAGUACACUCCGUCGGAAGCAGACAUGAAGUUCUACUAUGAACGGUUCCUCCCCUUCAGAUACAUUUUCCAGUGGCUCAACCAUUCACCGAAACCCACCAAAGACUUUACCAUGAGAGAAUUUGCCUACGAGCACCGAUCCGGAGCUUAUCAACGGUACAAUUCCUUUGGGGGACCCGAAGAGUUCAAAGAGAGUGUUUGUCAAACCAACCCCACACGUUUUGAAAUUGGAGCUGUUUAUUCCGUUAACCCUAGGGAAAGAAAGUCUUUACCCAAACAAGCAUUGAAGCCUUUAAGCAAAGAACUUGUGUUUGAUAUUGAUUUGACUGAUUACGAUGACAUCAGAACUUGCUGUUCCGGUACAGAUAUAUGUGAAAAGUGUUGGAAGUUUAUUAAAGUAGCAUCUAUGAUUAUUGAAAAGGCUUUAAGAGAAGAUUUUGGGUUUGAGCAUUUGAUUUGGGUCUUCUCCGGUAGAAGAGGUGCUCAUUGCUGGGUUAGCGAUGCUAAAGCACGACAAUUGGAUGAAAUAUCUCGGAAAUCCAUAGUGGAGUAUUUGGAUAUACUAAAUUCCAAACUGUUGGGAAAUAAAAGUCAACGGAAACUGUUGAAUUUAAGAAAACCAUUUCAUCCUCAUAUUCAACGGUCUUUUAAUAUUUUAAAGGAUGAAUUUGUUGAUAUAAUUCUUAAUGAUCAAAACCCAUGGCAUACAUCAAUUGACCAAGAUAAUAGAAAAAGUUGGGAACAAAUAGAGGAAUUGUUACUGUUUAUCCCGGACAAGGAAUUGGCAUCCCAAUUAAGAACCCAUUGGAAUGAUCAAACAUUUGAAUCGAAUUCAAGAAGUAAGUGGGAAGAUAUCAAUAAAUUUGCUUCUAAAAUUUUAAAAUCCCAAUUACAAGUCAACCAAUUAAAUGACGCCAAAAAGGAAAUUAUCAUCUAUUAUUUAUACCCGAGAUUAGAUGUUGAAGUGUCACGUCAAUUAAUUCAUUUAUUGAAAUCUCCCUUUUGCAUUCAUCCAGGAACUGGGAAUGUAUGUGUCCCAUUCAAUCCUCAACAAAAUAUCUCCAUGGAUCCACAAGAUGAUGAUUAUGGAUUUAAUCCAAUGCAUGCACCAAAUUUAAAAGUCAUUCAACAAGAGUUUGAAGAUUGGCAUAAACAAAAUAAAGGUACAGAUUCUAAAAUACCUGAUUUCGAGAAAACUAGUUUGAAACCUUAUAUUGAGUAUUUUGGCAAGUUUGUUAAUGAUUUGGUUAAGGAAGAAUUAAAGAAAAGACAAAGAGAUGAUACUCUUGACUUUUAG